GGGGCCGCUGUGGCGCAGCCGGGGCCCCGCGCCGUCAGCGCCCGGGGUCGGCGGGCCCUCUUGAGCACGGCCUUACCGGUUUGGCGGGGUGAAAGGUUGCGAAGAUGGCGACGGCCUUGAGCGAGGAGGAGCUGGAUAAUGAAGACUAUUACUCGUUGCUGAACGUGCGCAGGGAGGCCUCUUCUGAAGAGCUGAAAGCUGCCUACCGGAGGUUGUGUAUGCUUUACCACCCAGACAAGCACAGAGACCCAGAGCUCAAAUCACAAGCGGAACGACAGUUUAACCUUGUUCACCAGGCUUAUGAAGUGCUUAGCGACCCCCAAACCAGAGCCAUCUAUGAUAUAUAUGGGAAGAGAGGACUGGAAAUGGAAGGAUGGGAGGUUGUGGAGAGAAGGAGAACUCCAGCUGAGAUCAGAGAAGAGUUUGAGCGACUGCAGAGAGAACGGGAAGAGAGGAGACUGCAGCAGCGAACCAACCCCAAGGGAACCAUCAGUGUCGGAGUAGAUGCUACUGACCUUUUUGAUCGCUAUGAUGAGGAGUAUGAAGAUGUAUCUGGAAGUGGCUUUCCACAGAUUGAAAUUAAUAAGAUGCACAUAUCCCAGUCCAUUGAGGCACCCUUGACAGCCACAGACACGGCCAUCCUCUCCGGAAGUCUCUCCACCCAGAAUGGUAAUGGAGGGGGUUCCAUUAACUUCGCGCUCCGAAGAGUCACUUCCGCGAAGGGAUGGGGAGAGUUGGAAUUUGGAGCUGGAGAUCUCCAGGGGCCUUUGUUUGGUCUCAAGCUGUUCCGUAAUCUCACACCAAGAUGCUUUGUGACAACAAACUGUGCUCUGCAGUUUUCAUCCCGUGGAAUCCGUCCUGGCCUUACCACUGUCCUAGCUCGGAACCUGGACAAGAACACCGUGGGCUACCUGCAGUGGCGAUGGGGUAUCCAGUCAGCCAUGAACACUAGCAUUGUCCGGGACACUAAGACCGGCCACUUCACUGUGGCCCUGCAGUUGGGGAUCCCUCACUCCUUUGCACUGAUCAGCUAUCAGCACAAGUUCCAAGACGAUGACCAGACACGUGUGAAAGGAUCCCUCAAGGCAGGCUUCUUUGGGACAGUAGUGGAGUACGGGGCUGAGAGGAAGAUCUCCAGACACAGUGUCCUGGGUGCGGCUGUCAGCAUUGGAGUCCCACAGGGCGUUUCUCUUAAAGUCAAGCUCAACAGGGCCAGUCAGACCUACUUCUUCCCUAUUCAUCUUACGGACCAGCUUCUUCCCAGCGCUGUAUUCUAUGCCACUGUGGGGCCUCUCGUGGUCUACUUUGCUAUGCACCGUCUGAUCAUCAAACCAUACCUCAGGGCUCAAAAAGAGAAGGAGUUGGAAAAGCAAAGGGAGAGCACUGCCAAUGACAUCCUGCAGAAGAAGCAAGAGGCAGAAGCUGCUGUUCGGCUGAUGCAGGAAUCUGUCCGAAGAAUAAUUGAAGCAGAGGAGUCCAGAAUGGGGCUCAUCAUUGUGAAUGCCUGGUACGGGAAGUUUGUCAAUGACAAGAGCAAGAAGAAUGAAAAGGUGAAGGUGAUAGAUGUGACUGUGCCCCUGCAGUGCCUGGUGAAGGAUUCCAAGCUCAUCCUCACAGAGGCCUCUAAGGCUGGGCUGCCAGGGUUCUAUGACCCAUGUGUAGGAGAGGAGAAGAACCUGCGUGUGCUUUACCAGUUCCGAGGCGUGCUGCACCAGGUGAUGGUGCCUGACAGCGAGGCCCUGAGGAUACCCAAGCAGUCUCACAGGAUCGAUACAGAUGGAUAAACUGCUUGAGAAACUGAUUAAAGAGGCUGCAGACAAAAAUCUUUUCCAGGGAGUCUACCAAUUUGGAAGCAGGGAAAACCCAGACAUCAGAUGUUUUUAUUUUCUCCCUCGGGAAGGUGGCACCGUAUCAAUUAUGUGAAGGGACACACAGACGCCCAGCUCACGGGUGCUGUGGGUAGGACUGAGGAGCCCCACCCUGCCAGACCGCAGCAUGCUCACGUCUUUCUUCCCCAGGGAUCUCGUUCCUGGAGGGUCCUGGGCCACUCUUCGGGUCCCCCCAGGUCCUCAGCACACGUGCUGCCUGGAGUGAGUUCUUAGUCCGUCGGGAGGUAUUUAUGGACCAUCAGGACUGCUUUUCCUGAAGCCCACUGAACAUGGGAAACAUGGAGGAGAAGGAAGGCGUGUCACAUGCCCAGGCCUCCAGAGCAGGGGCAGAUGCUCAGUUGACUUCCCUCAAACCGCCUUUCUCUGCUGAAAUAUUAAGAGGUGAUCCUGGAGAGGACUGUGGGUUUAUAAAACUGCUUUUUAUCUGAGAACAAA